AUGCCCGACCCACACCGCUACAUGCCGCACUCCUUUCUCAAGGUGGACACCACCAGACUCGACCAGUGGCGCCCGGCUCUAGACGACGCCGCCACCGACGCCGUGCGGGUCAUCAACUCCCACCGCCCGCGCGACCAACACCUCGCCCUGGACCAGGUCCAGACCGACGGUGUGCAGGUCGGGCGCGCCCUGGCCUUCUCCGGCACCAUCGAGCUGGCCGACCACCACCACCCUCCACACCCCUCGGCCUACACCUUCACCCAGCACUCGGACUUCAUCCACCUCCAGCCCGUCCAGCCCCUCGCGCCGCUGUGGGCACUGCCCUCACCCAGCGCUUCGCUGAAAACUGAGCCCGUCGAUCAGCUCCCCCAGCCCGACGAGGACCCCGUGUUCCCUGAGGUGGAGCUCGAAGGUCCGCUGGUGCUCCAUCUCGACCAGCAGCUGUACGACCCGGUCCUGCGGCUGCCGCACUCGGUCGAGGUGGGCGCAGUGCGGGUCAUCAGGGUCGGACCCGGCGUGCGGCUGCGCGUUGGCGGCGUGAGCCAGAUGAAGCUACGGUCGUCGCUCGACGUGCAGCGCAACAUCAAGCUGCUCGCGCUGAUGGACGAGAACAACGCCACGACAGCCAAUCUUCAUCAGCAGGGCGAAAUGGACGUGCCUGAGCUCGAGCUCAAGCUGGUCGACCAGGGCCGGGCGUUCCGCAUGUGGUCCUCAUCGGCCGAGCGGGUCAAGGCCAAGAGGCGAUCGGCCCACGUGCUCGAGCUCCUCCCAACUGCCGCCAGCCCCUCUGCUGACGUCAGCAGCCAGGUUACGACGACCAGCCACGGCCGCACCGAUCUGGCGCCUAGGUCCGCCUCUGAUGCGAGCCUGUGGGUCCUGUCUCAGGCCAACCUCCUACGGGGCGUGAUAGGCGCCUUUGCCCAGGCGGCCGAGGAGCAGCCGGUGGUACUGCGUCGCGUGGUCGAGGCCAAGGCCGAGGCCGUCAGCGUGCUCGUGAUCCCGAUGACCCUCAGGGAGCAGCCCCACAACAACCAUGGCGGCAAGACGUCUCAGUGGCAGGUCGUGGUCACCCGCGGCGCGGACGGCAGGCACACGGUGGUGUCGCACCAGCAGCUGGUCCAGCAGGAGAGCCACGUCACCGUGGCGCCGUGGGUGUGGGCCAACACGACCACGCCGGCGGUCAUGCGCACCGUGCAGCUCCUCGAGAAGAAUGCCCACCGACCCGCCCAAGCAUCCAGCUGA